AUGGCCCGCUGUCUCGUUGAGGCGCUUGCAGAAGGCCACGCAGUGCUGCGAGAUUCGCAGGAAGAGCGGAAAGCAGCACUUCUGGUGCUGUUAGCCAGCAGCGGCAAGGGCAAGUCGCGCUUCCUCUAUGAGCUGAACCAAUUACUUCAGAAGCAGAGCCGGGCGAUGUGCAUCCCCAUCACCUUCAACGGAAGACAAAACUUGGAGAUCGAUGCGCAGACCGUGAAAAGAUUGACCAAAGAGCCCGAGGAACGAGCACUCGUGCAUGUGGUGCUACGGCUGCUGCACGCAACGUUUGAAAUCAAUGAUCUGCAACUGUUUGCAGGGUCUUUUUGCGAGAGCCUCAAAGCCAACAAUGUGCCUCUGGAUGUGUCACUGCUGCGUGAAGUGGUGGCAGAGUGCGCAAAAACGCGUGACAGUGUCGAGAACCUUAACAUCCUCGUGGACGAGAGCGGCCGCUUGCCAAAGUUGCUGAACAUGCAAAAAGGAGACGGAGAUGAGUUCUCGGUCUUGCGAUCUUUGUGCGCACCUGCAAGCGUCAUUACGCUAGUGGAGCAGGAAAUUGAGGACGCCCUGAAAAAUUGGGUGCUAUAUGAGGCGGACUCCAAAGCAAGUGUCCAGCGCUGGCUGAACAGCUUUGUGGGGCUUUGCCGUGGGAAGAGUCUGAAGACGAAGGCCAACAACACAGAACUCUACAAGAAGCUGGUGCUGAGGCCUCCCGUGGUGGAGUACGUGCCCCUGGCUCGUGCCUUGCAAUACCUGACUGAGGCCGUGAAUCAGACUAAAGUCGCGGCCACAGAGCUCAUCGAGAAUAUCGAGACCGCGCCGCAGUUGGGUUCGGCAAUCCGUCGAGUUGGGCUGGACCUGCGAAACUCGGUCGAUGAGAAGCUCAACGUGAGGUACGACAUCGUGGCGGAGCGCCUGACACCCGCAGUCCUUGCUCCGGCAAUCCUCCCCUCGGGUCGCUUGCGGGUGAGUCUCAAGCAGGAGAUUGGUGGCCACUGUGUCCCAAAUCUCCUGUCAGAGGGUGCGUACGCCAACACGCUUGAAAAGCUUCGGGAUAAUGCGGAGUUCCUGCCCAAGAUCCUACCGGCCUUCUUACGUCAAGCGGCUCAGAUUCAGCCUGACCUGCGGUACCUUCAAGACUGGUGGAGGGAGCUGGAAGAAGUGCUAAAGGCACAGGCUGGUGGCACAGCAGACGCCGGGAACUUGCUGGAUGUGGGCGCAGCGGCCUACAAGAUGCAAGUUCCCAAAGCUGUGACCCUGAUGGCGUUAAGGAAGCCUCUCAAUGCAUCCGCGCAGAUCCUGCAGUUCGCCAUCGAAAAGGCUCGAAAAGGCACAGCCGCGGUGCUGGGUCUUGCAGAUGGUCAGGCAGGUGCAGAUUCAGUCGCCGUGUUGCCUUUGGACGACAGCGAAGUGCUGCUGCUUGGCUUGGAGCCGCAUGGCGGCGACAGCAAUAAAGGUGCGCCAGAUCAGUGCCAUGCAGGGCAUCCUCAAGACAAGCGGUCAGUGUUUUGGCAGGGCCUUCCAACCAAAAUUCAGGAAGAGAAAGAUGUUCGGUUUGCUCUGCUCUACAUCACUCAUGACGAGAUUGGCAACAAGGCAGAUGUGCUGGAGCAGCUGUGGAAUUCCACAGUCCGGCGCGACUCUAAAAAUCCCAGUGAUGUAGUGAAUCUUUUGUUGAUGGAUAGGGCCGGCGGCAGUGGCUCCUCGGAUUGUCCGGUGCUGCUCAUCUAUCAGGCGGGGCCGGCAGCAGAGGCUCAU